AUGGCAACUAAAGAUCAAUUGUACAAGAGAGGAAUUUUGGUGGAUAAUAAUGACUUAAUCUGUAUCAUGUGUAUGACGGAGGAGGAAACUCUAACGCAUUUAUUUGGGGAUUGCGAGGUAGAAUUGCACAUUUGGAGGAAGGUGUUUGCUUUGAUAGGUCAUAUUCCGGAGUUGUCUUUCGACAAUUUUGUUUCGGUUUUCUUCUUUUGUGAAAAAGUGAAGUGUGUAGCCAAGAGGACCAUUGUGGAGGUGAUUUGGUUAGCUACGGCUUGGUGUUUAUGGAUGAAGUGUAAUGCGAUUAUUUUCAAGAAUGAGCUUUUUAGUUUCAAUGAGUUUGAAGGGUACAUUGAUGCAAAUUGGAAUUCCUUAUCAGAUGAUUCCAAAGCAACUAGUGGCUAUAUAUUUAAUAUAGCUGGGGGGCUUGUAUCUUGGAAAUCAAAGAAACACACUAUCUUGGGUCAUUUCAUGAUGGAGUUUCAGAUGAUAGCAUUAGCGAGUGCAAGUGAAGAUGCAAGUUGGUUAAGAUGCUUGCUAGUUGAGAUCUCUUUGUGGGAAAAACCUAUGUCAAUUGAAUUGCUCCACUAUGAUAGUACCGCGUCUAUUGCAAAAAUUGUGAACCGUUAUUAUACUGGUAAAAAAACAUCAAAUUGGAAGAAAGCACAAUUUUGUUAG